GUGUUUUUACGUAAGUUCCGGAGCGCCUCCCUCCGUCGGAGCUCGCUUUAGCGAGGUGGUUUCGCCUCGUGUGGGCUGCUGGAGCACACUGCAUUUCACUUGUUUGAUCCUCCCAUCCUCCUGGCCCGACACCAUGGGAGUGACUUGUGUGUCCCAGAUGCCCGUGGCUGAGGGCAAGAGUGUCCAGCAGACUGUGGAGCUCCUCACCCGGAAAUUGGAGAUGCUUGGAGCAGAGAAGCAAGGAACAUUUUGUGUGGACUGUGAGACCUACCACACAGCUGCCUCUACCCUGGGCAGCCAAGGUCAGGCCGGGAAGCUGAUGUAUGUGAUGCACAAUUCCGAGUACCCUCUGAGCUGCUUCGCCCUCUUUGAGAAUGGCCCUUGCCUGGUUGCCGACACCAACUUUGACGUGCUCAUGGUGAAACUCAAGGGCUUUUUCCAGAGUGCCAAGGCCAGCAAGAUCGAGACCCGGGGCACCCGUUACCAGUACUGUGACUUCCUAGUGAAGGUGGGCACGGUCACAAUGGGGCCCAGUGCCCGAGGCAUCUCCGUGGAGGUGGAGUAUGGCCCCUGUGUGGUAGCUAGCGACUGCUGGAGCCUGUUGCUGGAGUUCCUGCAGAGCUUUCUAGGCAGCCACACCCCAGGGGCACCCUCCGUGUUUGGGAACAGACACGAUGCGGUCUACAGCCCAGCGGACACCAUGGUCCAGUACAUGGAGCUCUUCAACAAGAUCCGCAAGCAGCAGCAGAUUCUUUGGAUGGGAAGAGACCUUGAAAGGACCUCUAGUUUAUCCUGCAACUUCAGUCAAUAUCCCACUUAAAUCAUCCCAGGUAAUAGAGACGAGGAAACCUAACCAAUGACUGUGGAGUAA